GAGUCUCCCUGCGCCGCUGGCAGUGAUGGACUGCUGUUGUUUGAGAUCAGAAGCUGAGGCAGGAACAGACAGUCGAGGGAACAGAGAGAAGGAGAAGGGUGUUGGUGGUACCACCGUGCCUCUUGAUGAAAUGAAAGUCAGGUCCAGCAAGCACCAUACUCUGACAGCGGACAUCUCACCUAUUAAAGUUCUGGGAGAGGAGGUGAACCGGACCAGGGAGAGAGCAUGA